AUGUCUGACGUUCCCGCCGCCUCUGUCCCUGAGAACGCAGUCGUUCAGGAGAAAGUCGAAGAGGCUCCCGGAUUCAAAGUUUUCGCCGGAAACCUUUCCUACUCGACUACAGAUGAAGGGCUCAAGGCUUUCUUUGCUCCUGUCGCCAACGAUAUCCUCUCUGCGCAAGUCAUCCUGCGCGGUACCCGCUCUGCGGGCUAUGGUUUCGUUGCCCUUGCGACAGCAGAGGCCGCCCAAAAGGCAGUCGAUGCCCUUGACAAGAAGGAACUCGAUGGCCGUCAGGUAAUCGUGGAGAUUGCCAAACCGUCCGAACAAAAGGACAAGGAGAAGAAGGAGAAAAAGGCAAAGAGGAGACCCGGCAGGCGUGGCGGCAAGGCCGUCCCCGGGGAAGUCUCAGAGGCCGAAGCUAACGGUGAGGCUCCCAAACCCGACGCUGCCUCUGCCCCCGAGGGUGAGGAGGCUCCUAAACCCAAGAAGAAGAAAAAGUCCAAGGCUGCUCGCAAGGCCAAGAAGGCAGAGGCUGAAGCUUCUGAGGCUCCCGCUGCUGCCCCUGCUGCUCCUGCAGAGGGCGAAGCUGCAGCCGAGGGAACUGCCAAGAAGCCUCGUGCCCGCAAAGCCAAGGCUCCCCGACCACCUCGCCCUGCUGGCGAGGACCCCGCCGGUGAGCCUUCAAAGACCAUGCUCUUCGUCGCCAACCUCGGUUUCAACGUCGACGAUGCUGGCCUUUCUGCCCUCUUCACUGAGGCUGGUAUCAACGUCGUCAGCGCCCGUAUUGUCCGCAGGCGCUGGGGACAUCCCAGAAAGUCCAAGGGUUAUGGUUUCGUUGAUGUCGGAAGCGAGGCCGAACAAGCCAAAGCUAUUGCCGCUCUCGAGGGUAAAGAGGUUGCUGGACGCGCUAUCGCUGUCAAAGUUGCCGUCAACACCCCCCACGAUGAGACCACCGAUGAGGCCACUCCCGCCACUGAAGGAGCCACCGAGGCCACCCCUGCCGCCGCCGCCGCCACUGCUUAA